CACACCUCAAGCCUUUAUGUGUAUUCCCAUGUAAUGUCUUCACUGUCACCAUCUGUUGGCUCUCCGCGCAAAUGAUGCUGUCGAUAUUCACGAUUUGAGCAUACCCAGCGAAGUGAACAAAGCGCACACAGACAUAUCAAGCACCAGAAGGAUGGAGCCUUCAUUUCGCCCCGUCGAAGUCUCCUUUCCUCUACCAAAACACCCACAUGUCAACCUCCAUGUCCACUUGAGUUCCUUGGGAAAUUGUACUAUGGUCCAUUUGACUACGACAAACCUCGAUCAGUCUGACAGAGGUCUGCCACCCCUCGGAAGCUUCGUCUAUGCAAUGCCCGAUGUAAUGAACGACCGCAACGUGAUCAGUACACCCUUGACAACUUCUGGCUCGAGCAUAGAUUAUGCGACGAGGAUGGCCAAGAUCCUUGCGAGACGAAUGAAAAAACCAGUCUACGUGGGUUGCAGCAUGAAUUUCGCGGGCAUGACGGCCGAGGAGGAAAUGGAAGGCUUGACCGUCGCCGUCGAAAAGAUAAUGCAAAAUUGGAACGAGAGAAUGGCAUAAUGUACAUCUACUCCGUAUGGAGGCUUUUCUAUCUCAUUCGACCUUCCUUUCUCGGCUUGUUACCAAGGUCACCAAUAGUCACCACGGGUCACCAAGGUACACGACCGAGGGACGCUGUUGGUGGCUGGUAUGAAGUCAGCUGCAAACAAAUCGGUAUCAUUCCA